AUGUCUCCUGCAAUGUUCCUCUUAACACUGCUACUGCUUUGUGGAACGUUAUUCCAACCUGGUCAUCUUAGUGGUGGAUUUGAAAUGCCAUUUGGAUGCGGUGGAAUGACCAUGAGCGACCAAACUAGACAGGGUGCCCUGAAUUUGAUCAACAGAAUCCGUUCACGAGUCGCGCUCGGUGAAUUUCAGGCCAAGGACUACUUGUCGUCUGCAAACGACAUGGAAGCAAUGAGAUGGCAUUGCGAUCUGGAGACGAUGGCUCGGACAGCCGUGCUGAAUUGCAGCCAAGAUCCACCACCAGUUAAGGCUGAGAACGCAAUGAAUUAUCGGUUGUGA